AUGAAAAGUCAGAACCUCACUGCAGUGACUGAGUUCAUCCUGCUGGGAGUCACAGAUCGCCCUGAACUGCAGGCUCCACUCUUCCUCCUGUUCCUCGUCAUCUACCUGACCUCACUGCUGGGCAACCUUGGCAUGAUCAUCCUCACCCAGGUGGACCCCAGGCUGCAGACUCCCAUGUACUUUUUCCUCAGACACCUGGCUCUCACGGAUCUUGGCUAUUCCACAGCUGUGGGACCAAAGAUGUUGGAAAAUUUUGUAACAGAUCAAAACACAAUCUCCUCUUAUGGUUGUGCUACACAGCUCUUUUUCUUAGGUACGCUUGUGGGUAGUGAGCUUUUUAUUCUGUCAGUGAUGUCCUACGACCGCUAUGUGGCCAUCUGUCACACUCUCCUCUACACAGCCAUCAUGUCACCGAGGGUGUGUUGGGUACUCGUGGUGAUUCCCUAUCUCUACUGCACAUUCGUGUCUCUUCUGGUCACCACGAAGAUUUUCACUUUAUCCUUCUGUGGUUACAAUGUGAUCAGUCAUUUCUACUGUGACAGUCUCCCCUUGAUAUCAUUACUUUGCUCAGAUACUUCUGACUUAGAGGUGGUCCUUCUGCUUGCAUCCUCCUUUGACUUGAUCUUCUCUCUUCUGGUCAUCCUUGUGUCCUACCUGCUCAUCUUUGUGAUCAUUCUCAGGAUGAAGUCUGCAGAGGGCAGGCGCAAGGCCUUCUCCACCUGUGGGUCCCACCUGACCGUGGUCACCGUGUUCUAUGGGACAUUGCUGUUUAUGUACGUGCAGCCCAAGUCCAGCCACUCCACUGCCAGUGACAAAGUGGCUUCCAUAUCGUACACUCUGGUUAUUCCAAUGUUGAAUCCAUUGAUCUACAGCUUGAGGAACAACGAUGUCAAAUAUGUUGUUCAAAGGACUGUCAUGCAAAGAUACAAGAUC